CAUUUGCCUGUCUAUCAGUUAACGGAUUACUUCAAGACGGGCGUCAGCGUUUCGCUCCCUCAGCUAUUGAGCUACGGUCACCAUUUCAUAGAAGCCUUUCAUCUGUAACAGCAUCUGGGAUGUCAUUUACUGACCAAGGCAUUUACGGAGAUGUGGGGUGCAGCCACCGUCCUUAUCUUACUGGCAAUUGUUCGAUGCCGGGGCAGCAAUGACACAGGAGAGCUCCCUUCCAGGAGAUUCCUUGUGAAACACAUACUAGCGGACUAUGACCCUAACGUGGCACCUGGCGAUUUGGAGAUGAAGCCGACUGAAGUGGGAGUGCAGAUGUACCUGCGACACCUCGACUCCUUUAACGAGGUAACCAUGGAUUUUGACGUGACUUUGUUCUUGCGUCUGAUUUGGCUGGAUCCUCGCCUAAAUUACGGUAACUACAGCCACAUCCCUGAGCCCCUGGAGCUGAAUGUCAAUGUGAUGGACAGCUUGUGGGUGCCUGACUUGUUCUUCGCCAAUGAGAAGACCGCCAUGGUUCAUGACGUCACGGUUCCCAACCGAUUAAUGCACGUGUACAGGAAUGGCACAGUUCGAUACAGCGUGAGACUUUCCAUGAAAUUAGGCUGUGAGAUGAGUUUACAGUACUACCCAUUUGACAGUCAGAUAUGCCCUGUGGAGGCUGAAAGUUACGGACACACCACGGAUUCUGUGUUAUUCUCCUGGUACGGAGACUCUCCUUUUGUUACUCCUGAUGAUACGCUCGUCGCACAGUUUCAUUUAUUGAAAGUGGAAACAAUCGAUUGCACAAAAGGUUAUGGGACAGCAGACGAGUUUACGUGUCUGAGAUCGAAUAUCUAUCUGGAAAGAGACCACGGCUAUUUCAUCCUCCAGGUGUACAUUCCCAGUGCUCUGAUUGUCCUCCUGAGUUGGGUCUCCUUCUUCUUGAACGUGGACGCCGUACCUGCCCGGAUCUCCCUUGGGGUACUCACCGUGCUUACCCUCACCACCCAGAGCUCCACCCUACAGGCCAGCCUCCCUCAGGUCUCCUACGUCAAGGCCCUGGACGCUUGGCUGGCCACCUGUCUGUGUUUUGUAUUUGCUGCGCUCCUUGAGUUUGCCGCUGUUAAUGUCCUGAGCAGGCAAAACAAGUCUGAGAGCACCGCAAGCCUUAAGCAGGUGAGCUGUGACAAACAUAGCCAGACAUACACGUAG